UUCGACUGUGCAACGUUAUCGAUUAACAUCGUCCCCAAUGGCUUCGUUUCCUAACACCAAUUCUAAUUCCAAUCUCGUUCUGCCCUCUUCAUCUAUAGUCCGUACAUGCUACAACUGUGGAGAUCCGGGGCACUUCGUUCGUUGUUUCCCGCACCCUAGACCCGCCAAUCCGUCUUCUGUGAUUGUUCAGUCCGAUUCUCCUUUGCUUACUCUUGCGACUAGUUCUGUUUCUGGUGGCUCAUCGACAUUCUCUAAUGGUUCUACGUCACAAUUUGGGCGGGGUUUUGGAUGGAACCAGGCCAAGCAGAGGUUGGAUCUUUUGGAGCAUAUUGUAGCAGAGAUCAAGAUUCGACAUGACUCGGAGGUGGAAAGGGAGAGAUCUGUUAAAGACGAAGAAGAGAAGAGGAGGAAGGAGAAGGAGGAGGAGAGACGUGCGUCGGAGAAGAAGGACCGGGAAGAAUUUCGAAAACUCCUCACUGAUUCUAUGAACGCUAGACUGGAUGGUGUGGUCGAACUGCUUCGGGGUAAGGGUAGCUCUUGUGAAGUGGAAGCCCUUCGGAAGGACAUCGAGCGUUUGGGAAAGAAGUUGGUCGAAGGCGCUACCAGUUCCUCGGCUGCAAGGUGUUCUGAGGGCGAUGGACUUCUUGCCCAGUUGCUCGCUGAGCAGGAGAGGAUGCGUUCGCAAUUGGAAGAAGCAAUGGCCACCAAACGUCGGCUGGAAGGUGUGGAGAAAGAUAUGAAGGAGGUUAUCAAAGCACGCGAUGAGGCUCGGGCCGAUGCCGAGAAGUGGCAAGAGGAAGCUAAUCGGCCGGGCAAACGGGGUUGUAUCGCGCUUAAUACUCCGGCAGCCAAGGUGGUUACCAGGCCUCCGAGGUCUUCCCCUCGGAAGUCUCCUGUUGCCUCUGUUGACUUGAGGAGGGUAGCGGAUAUGCACCGUAUGGAGGUUGAAACCAUUCAAGGAAUACGCACGCGGGAGUUUAACACCCGUCGGGAGGCUGAGCAGGAAUUGGAGAAGGCAAGAGCGAAAAUUGUUUUAUUGGAGAAGGAGUGAGCGGCUUGGGGUAAGGCUUCCCACACCCCUCGUUCGAACCUUCGGGUCAGGAUGGACGAAGUGGCCGGUACCAAGGGGAAGGAGAAGGUGGGACAUGAAGUAAGCCAUGCCAUG